GAUAUCAUUCAGCGACACGUCAACCAUACGGAAGAAGGUCUCUGUCCAACCUGCUACCGUAUUGCUGACACAAGAACCGCAUUAUAACCAAAAUGGGUGGUUUCUUCUCUAGCAUCUUCUCGGGCCUGUUUGGCACCAGGGAGAUGAGGAUUUUGAUCCUGGGUUUGGAUGGUGCUGGAAAAACAACCAUUCUUUACCGGCUACAGGUUGGAGAGGUGGUCACCACAAUCCCCACAAUCGGCUUCAAUGUGGAGACAGUCACAUACAAGAAUCUGAAGUUCCAGGUGUGGGAUCUGGGAGGACAGACAAGUAUCAGGCCCUACUGGCGGUGUUAUUACUCAAACACAGAUGCAGUUAUCUACGUUGUUGACAGCAGUGACCGCGACAGGAUGGGCAUCUCAAAGUCUGAGCUGGUGGCCAUGUUGGAGGAGGAAGAGCUGAAGAAAGCCAUCCUGGUUGUAUUUGCAAACAAGCAGGACAUGGACCAGGCAAUGACGCCCACGGAGGUGGCCAACGCUCUGGGCCUUCCUGCCCUCAAAGACAGAAAAUGGCAGAUAUUCAAGACCUCGGCCACAAAGGGCACAGGGCUGGAUGAGGCAAUGGAAUGGCUGGUGGAUUCCCUGAAGAGUCGGCAGUAAAGGCUCUCACCCGUUUUGUACAGACACCUGACCUUGGACCCUCCUGUAUGAAGCCUUGUGACUGACCCCCCACCCCCACCCCCCACUUGCCACUGGACCAGUGAUUGCACUCCUCCCCCUCUCCAACCCACCUGAAGCCUUGGCCAAGCCCUCCCAAUGCCUAACGCCUUUCAAGCCUGGGACUUAGAAGCGAAGGCUGCAGUAAUGUCUGGACUGGGCAUGAACACACUUAAGCCCCCAUCCCUCCCAAUCUUUGAGGCACAAGUGAAGGUUUUAGUGAGCUGUAUGACUUCAGUGAUGGAUGGGCAACGAGUUAGUAUCUACAUUUGUUAUGUGUUUUGCAAAUGGAAAAAACACCUGUGAAUGGACAUGUUAAAUGUUGCUAAUUUUAUGAAUCCAUUUGUAAUACUGUCAACACUCAAGUUAUAAUGGAUUAAUAGGAAUAAAUAAGACUCUGUGAUAAACCCGUCCUCUCUGAUCAUCUGCAGUCUUUCUGAAAUCAGGUGUCUUCGCUGAACAAUAAUAGCUCCCUCUUCUUCCAGAGGGGUGAAGUCCUUCACACGUAGUAAAACUAGAAAAUCAGUAGUAUGUCAGUGAAAAGAUGCCAUGAAGUUCCACCAGGAGGCAGCAUUUUCAUCACAAACAUCGCUUCUGCUCCAGACCUGAGCACAGAUGAGGACACAUCAUCACGGAGAAGCAACUGCGGGACUGCCAACUCAUUUGACAAUUUUUAGCAGUAUGCUGGACUGGCCAUAGAAUUUCCAUGUUUAGUGCAGCGAAUAUGGAAUGCAGCUUUGGAUACCUCCCUGUAAACAAUCUGCUGGCUUGUGUGAAAUCGCAAAUUUGGCCUUAAACAGUGACGACGAAAAAAAACAAACUGCUAUAUGUCCUCUGGCCAAGUAUUACUGCAGCCUGGGCUGUUUUUGUACAAUAUUGUCAGGCAGAUGCAAUGUCAUGGAUUUCUAUUGUUUUUUCCUCUUCAUGUGUGUUGUUCCCAUGUUUUUUUUGUUUUAUAAUUUUGACAUUAAAACCCUUUUCCGUUGAAAUCCCUGAGUACAGCUUUGGCAUAUUAAUAGUAUAGUAACUAAACACUAACUGUAUGCUCAAAGUUUUAUGGUUGCAUAUUUAUAUCUGCUUGUACAGUGAAAAUGAUUCUCAGUAAAGAUUGCUAUCAGUGAUUGUA